AUGGAUAUACAACGCGGCCGCUCUCCCUCUGCGGGCUCACACGCAAACAACAUAAGGAGCUCGCCCUCUCCCCACGCUUUUCCAAACAACCUAUCCCCAUACGACCCCUCUAUCCACCCCACAUCGAGCUUCCCAGCAACGUCGUCGGGCUUCGACAGCAACCAGUUCCUGGCCUCCACGCAGCCGCAACAGUUCGCGCAGCAGGGACUCGACCAGAGCUUCUUACAGGCCAACCCCAGCCUGUCGCAGCACAACACGCCACAGUUCAGGCCACAAGGCAACGACCUCCAGCCCGACCACCUCAACAUCGCAAACACGUCCAGUCCCGACUUCAACAGCUUCUUCGCGGGCAGCGACCUCAAUCAGAAUAACGCGCUCAACCCCACGUACCUCGGAAGCACCCUCGACCCGCAGCUGCUGGAGUCGCAGCAGCAGCAGAACCAGUCCAUCAAUCCAAACGACUUGAUGAACCAGAUGGCGGCGACACAAUCGCAUACCCCCACCCCGCCGCACCUGCUGCCCACGAUGAACAAUCACCAGAACCCGAGUCCCCACGCCUCGCCGAACAUGAAUCAGGGCGCGUUCCCCUCACCGGGACACUCGCGUCACGCGUCGCUAGAUCCUAGCGCCGCGAGAGCGCCCAGUGAGACGUACUCGGACGUUUCUUCCGCGCACGCGUCACCUUACCUCACCCAGCAGGAUAGCUUCGAGGAGAACCAGCCGUCACCCCUCCUCCACGCGCAGAACGACCCACAGCUGUUCCAAGAUCCAGUCAUGCAGUUCGGACAAUUCACGCUUAAUGACGGCACCUCGCACAUCAGCCCGGGCCACAGCCCUCACCUGUCCCCGCGUUUGAUCCCGCAGCAACAGCAGCAGGCGCUCCCGCAAUUCCAGCCUGGCAGCUUUGGUUUGGACCCGAAUAUGAACAACCAAUUCGGCCAACAGGGAAUGGGCGUGUAUCCAAAUUCUGGCGCUGAGCCAUUCCCCUCUCUGAAUCAAGGUAUUCCAGAAUUUGGUCAAGCUGACGCCAUGUCACCACCGGAAAUCAACAUCGACUUUGCUCCUCCUUCGCGACAGGCCAGCUUCGAGCCUCCUAAGCCCGAGCACCAAGCUGAUGCUUUGAGCCCGCCUGAUCGAUCAGACGGCUCAAAUCCCAAGCGCACACAAAAGCACCCAGCAACGUUCCAAUGUUCUCUUUGUCCCAAGCGCUUCACCCGCGCCUACAACCUCAGGUCGCAUCUACGUACGCACACAGACGAGCGCCCCUUCGUCUGUAGCGUAUGCGGCAAGGCGUUUGCGCGCCAGCACGAUCGCAAGCGCCACGAAGGCCUGCACUCCGGCGAGAAGAAGUUUGUAUGCCGCGGCAACCUCAAGGACGGCAACCACUGGGGCUGCGGGCGGCGCUUCGCACGCGCCGACGCUCUCGGCCGCCAUUUCCGCUCCGAAGCCGGGCGCGUCUGCAUCCGCCCUCUGCUCGAGGAAGAAGCGCAAGAAAAGGGCGGCUGGGACGGCCAGCAGCAGAUGGCCAACGGCACCGGCAUGUUCCAGCAAAUGCCCGCGCAAAACUACGGCCCUGGCAUGAUGUCGCAGUCUGGCUUCGAGCCGUUCCCCCAGGCGGGCAUGUCCCAGGCCCCAGCGCAGUUCUUGCCCGCUGCACUGCUUGCGCAAUAUCCAGCGCUCGCGGGCAUUCAGUGGGAUCAGCUGCCGCCGGGCAAUCCAGAGGAGAUGGAGGGCGAUAUCAGCGGGCGCAGCAGCUUCGAUGCGUCGAGUGGCGGCGAGUACUUUGAGGACGAGAGCGAUUAUCAGGGUCAGCAGCCUGUGUAUGCUGGGAAUGAGGGUGGGUGGGCGAGUGAUCAGGGCUAUCACUAG